AUGACUCCUAUGUUCGGAUACGUGUUCGCGUCUGUUGCUUUCAUUGCAGUGUCUUCAUCGGUACUGACUGCUGCGGGUGAGACUACAUCGCGUACAGCGGACAUCGGUGCUUCUACCACGGCUGCCAAAGGUCCGCAUGUGUGCAAUUUUGGUUCUGCAAACUCUCUGGAGCUCAAACUGAAGAAGAACCAGGAGGUAGUGUUUCAGUGCGGCUCAUUGCAAGAAGGCAAGCUCAGCGAAUCUGACGACCACAAGAGUGCGUUUAAAGACAAAAACUGCUCAGACCCCGCCGUGGGCCUCGAUGAGCUGUGCCGAGGAGCGAAGCUCACUAUUCUUCCCGAGAGCAGGCAGCCUGCAGAUUCGAAACCUUCGUAUAAGCUGAAGCUCCCCGACACGGAGUGUGAAGUGGGCGAGUGGUACUACAAAUGCGUCCACAUACCUGCGCCGGUCAAGUCGGUGCCGGCCGAACUUGAACCGCACGCAAAGCCAGAGGAGCAGAAAUGCAUAGUGAAAGUCUCCCUUACGACGACCACCACACGGACAACCUCCAACAUCCCAACCAGCGCAACCCCAAAAUCAACUCCAACCGCAACGCCACCACUAAGUCCUGAGUCAACAGGGCCAAGCCAGCCGCAAAAGCCGUCGGGCGCUGAUUCUGAACUCCAGCACCCACCGGAAUCUUCAGAUUUGCAGGCACCGCAAAGCGGCUCUCCACAGUCUGACCAGGUCGCGGUUUGCGAAGAAGGCGCACACGAGGCGACUCUCUCGGCGGACGAGCCAGUAUUAUUCCAAUGUGGCAAGGGUAUGGUUCUGGAGCCGGAAGACGCAGCGGGGGUAUUGGACGAGAAAUGCGAACAAGAGCUUGUUCUAAAAGACGUCGCGGAGACUGCCCUGCGUGAGGCGGUCAAGUCAGCAGAAGAGGGGGGACCGGGUUCAGCGUACAAGCUGUCAAUCAAGGCGGCUUCCUCUCACGACGUUCUUCUUUGCUAUAGAUGCCGGUUGCGAUCCUCUGGCGACGGGAGCGACGUCUCACUCCUGGAUGCGACCUCGGAGGCUGCACAGAAGCAAUGCUUGAUGAAGGUAUCAGUGAAAGGAACAGCCUCGUCCGCGGCCCCCUCGUUGCCAGAACAUUCCCCAGUCGUGGCCGGACUGAUGCUCGUCUCCACCUUUUUUUUGAGGUGGUGA